AUGGCCAUCACCGAAUCCUCCCAGCCCGUCCCCGUCCCCACUCCCUCCCUCCCCGCUAAAGUCGCCCUUAUCACCGAACCCCCCCAGUCCGUCACCGAACCCCCUCAACCCGUCAUCAACCCCCCCCAGCCCAUCCCCGUCCCCACUGCCUCCCUCCACGUCGCCCUCAUCACUGGCGCCGGUCGCGGCAUCGGCCGCGGCUGCGCCCUCGAGCUUGGCAAACGCGGAGCCUCCGUCAUCGUCAACUACGUCUCCAGCAAGGGACCUGCCGAGGAAGUAUGCCAGCUGAUCUCAUCGUUCAACAACGGGGCACGCGCUAUCGCAAUCCAAGCGGACGUGUCUAAGAUCUCCGAAAUCGACCGCCUCUUCCAAGAAGCGCGCACGGCGUUCGGGAAGAUCGACAUCGUGAUGAGCAACAGCGGUGCGGAGAGCUGGGACAAGACGGAGGAGAUCACGGAGGAGAAGUUCGACCACAUCUUCAACCUGAACUCGCGGGCGCAAUUUUUCGUGGGGCAGGCGGCGUGGAAAUACGUCGAGGACCACGGGCGCGUGAUCCUCAUGACGAGCAUCGCUGCGGGGCUGCUGGGGGUCAAGGACCAUGCGCUGUACAACGGGAGUAAGAUGGCGGUGAUAGGGUUUGUGAAGGCGUUCGCGACGGAUUUCGGGGCGCGCGGGAUCACGGUGAACGGCGUGGCGCCGGGCGGGAUCAAGUCGGAUAUGUUCGUGAAGAACGCAUGGCAUUAUAUCCCCGGGGGUACUCCGGAGUGGCCGGCGGAGAAGAUCGAGGGGCUGAUGGCGCAGCAUUGUCCAUUAGGGAGGUGCGCGACGCCGGAGGAUGUGGCGAGGGUGGUGGCGUUCUUGGCGAGUGAGGAUGGAGGAUGGGUGAAUGGUGAGUGGUUGCGUACGGAGUUGGGAUAAGGAAAGCUAACUAUUCGCAGGCCAGGUUAUUACUAUCUCCGGUGGAUCCUCGCAGUAGAGAACAGGAAGGAUCGACGGUCA